AUGAUGAUCUCUCCAUUGACAAGCCGAGUCGGCUUCUUGUUGGCUCUGGCGGCCAGUACAAAUUUUGCUGUGCGGGCUCAAACUCAAGAGCAGCGCCAUUCCCCCACCACAUACGUAGGCCAAGAGGUGGAUCUGAGCUCAGCACCUGAAGGCAUCUUUGGCUUGUCCACCGGGCAAACCCAUGCUCAAGAGCUGCCUCUUCCGGCGUUCAUUGCACGAGACCCCAAGCCGGUGUCUAACAGCGAAAGGGGGCCUCGGUCUGCUGGAGAGGAUAGCACAGCAGAGUUCGAGCUCAGCUGGUGGCUCACCAACACCAACGGCAGUGUAUCCGUCCCCGCGCUUUUUCCCAGUCAAGCACAUCUCGAGCUGCUGCGAGCCGGGAUCAUCGAUGACCCCAACGUCGGCCUUAAUGAAGGCACGACAAGGUGGGUCGGCGAAGAGCCCACCUGGACUUACACGGCAUCCCUAGCCCCUCUGCUGCCUCAUCUCCAAAAGUACGCAAGGCAGAUCUUGUACUUUCAAGGGCUCGACACCAUCUGUCGCGUCAGCAUCGGGAACAUAUCUAUUGGCUCAACAGACAACCAAUUUAGGAGCUGGCGAUUCGAUGUGACGGAUGCGCUUCGGGGCGUCGAUCCUGCGGCUGCAAACAUCACUCUAGCCUUCGACUCCGCUCUGGAGUACGCAAAGAAGGAAAGCAGCAGGGAGCCGUUCUUCCCAAACACGCAGACUAUGGGCUUCCCAAGCAUCACAACCAACAACGUGUAUCCGAAUCGAAUCUUUGUGCGAAAGCAAAGUUCUGACUUGGGAUGGGAUUGGGGCCCAGCAUAUGUUCCCGCUGGCCCGCACAAGCCUGCCUACCUCAUCGGUCUGGGCACCGCUCAGGCACAAGAUUCUACAGACGACGGACAGCGUAGCGAAAAUGCACUGCAGACUAGACAGGAUUUGAACGGCACUGCGCCGAAAAAAAUGUUCGUCUAUGAAUCUGGCAUCGAGGUGUAUCGCAAAGGUCAAGCCAACAAUCUGCCGCCGGACGAAACGGCCCCCUGGAUUCUCAAUGUGACUAUGGGCGUUUGGAGCAUUACCAAUACCAGCGCCACUGUGCGACUCUCGGUCCCCGAGCUCGCACUAAAGCUUGACGCGUCCAACAUAAGCGCCGCCCUCAGCGUUGGCGACAAUGUCGCCAGAUGGGCCGCCUUCGAGGUGCCUUCGGACGGAGACUCUGCUCCCGCUCUCUGGUGGCCGUACAAGCUGGGACAGCCAAAAUUGUACGACGUCGACUUUGAGCUUCGACCCGUCGGCGCUUCGAGCAACACUGAAGCCACGCGAUGGACGAAGAAGACUGGAUUUCGCACGGUAUGGUUGGAUCAGAGUCCCGUGUCACCUCAAGAUACGGCUGCUGGCGUGCUGCCCGGCACGUACUUCAGGUUCGUGGUCAAUGGCAAGCCGAAUUACAUUCAGGGCGGUUCCGUCACCCCUUUCGAUGUUUUCUACCCGCGCAUCUCCACAUCUGUUCUGAAGGACCAAGUCGAUAGCGCCGUAGCUGCAAAUCAGAACCUGCUGAGGGUUUGGGGAGGUGGCUCCUACCAGUCGACGGAGUUCUACGAUCUUGCAGACGCAGCCGGAAUGUUGGUGUGGUCCGAAGCUCUUUUUGCAUCUUCGCUGUACCCAAGCUACCCGGUCUUUGCUGACAAUGUCAAGAUAGAGCUCGCUGAGAAUGUCAGGCGCAUCUCGCAGCAUCCGAGCAACGCUAUUUGGGUCGGCAACAACGAGGGUGCGUAG